GGCCGACCUUGCGUACGUACGUCGUAGCGGCCAUGGACCCGUACAAGCACCGCCCGUCGAGCGCCUUCAACGCCCCGUACUGGACCACCAACUCCGGCGCCCCCGUGUGGAACAACGACAGCUCCCUCACCGUCGGCGCACGAGGUCCCAUCCUGCUGGAGGACUACCACCUGGUGGAGAAGCUAGCCAACUUCGACCGCGAGCGCAUCCCGGAGCGCGUGGUGCACGCGCGUGGCGCCAGCGCCAAGGGCUUCUUCGAGGUGACCCACGACAUCACCCACCUGACGUGCGCCGACUUCCUGCGCGCGCCCGGGGUGCAGACGCCCGUCAUCGUCCGCUUCUCCACGGUGAUCCACGAGCGCGGGAGCCCCGAGACGCUGCGCGACCCGCGCGGGUUCGCCGUCAAGUUCUACACCCGGGAGGGCAACUGGGACCUGGUGGGCAACAACUUCCCCGUCUUCUUCAUCCGCGACGGCAUCAAGUUCCCGGACAUGGUGCACGCGCUCAAGCCCAACCCGCGGACGCACAUCCAGGACAACUGGCGCAUCCUCGACUUCUUCUCGCACCACCCGGAGAGCCUGCACAUGUUCUCCUUCCUCUUCGACGACGUCGGCAUCCCCGCCGACUACCGCCACAUGGACGGAUCCGGGGUGCACACGUACACGCUCGUCAGCCGCGCCGGCACCGUCACCUACGUCAAGUUCCACUGGCGCCCCACCUGCGGCGUGCGCUCGCUGAUGGACGACGAGGCCGUCGCCGUUGGCGGCGCCAACCACAGCCACGCCACCAAGGACCUCACGGACGCCAUCGCGGCGGGGAACUUCCCCGAGUGGACGCUCUACAUCCAGACCAUGGACCCCGAGAUGGAAGACCGCCUCGACGACCUGGACCCGCUGGACGUGACCAAGACGUGGCCCGAGGACGCGUUCCCGCUGCAGCCCGUGGGCCGCCUGGUGCUCAACCGCAACAUCGACAACUUCUUCGCGGAGAACGAGCAGCUGGCCUUCUGCCCGGGCCUCAUCGUCCCUGGUAUCUACUACUCCGACGACAAGCUGCUGCAGACCAGGAUCUUCUCCUACUCCGACACGCAGCGCCACCGCCUCGGCCCCAACUACCUGCUGCUACCGGCCAACGCGCCCAAGUGCGCACACCACAACAACCACUACGACGGAUCCAUGAACUUCAUGCACCGCCACGAGGAGGUCGACUACUUCCCCUCCAGGUACGACGCCGUCAGGAACGCGCCGAGGUACCCGAUCCCGACCGCCCACAUCGCCGGCCGCCGAGAGAAGACUGUGAUUAGCAAGGAGAACAACUUCAAGCAGCCCGGGGAGAGGUACCGCGCGAUGGACCCAGCAAGGCAAGAGCGGUUCAUAACCAGAUGGGUCGACGCGCUCUCCGACCCCCGCCUCACCCACGAGAUCAGGACCAUCUGGCUCUCCAACUGGUCUCAGGCCGACAGGUCUCUGGGCCAGAAGCUCGCGAGCCGCCUCAGCGCCAAGCCGAGCAUGUAAGAUCUACCAGACAAGGGCGCCGCGCGGGGGAGGACGGAGCUCUCUGUCUGCUUUCGCUCAUGCAUCAUAUGCAUGGAACCAAGACAAAUUACUCUAGCAGACUAGCACGCAAACUGAAUCGCGUUUAGUUUAGUUUUUUUGGCCCCGGAUAAAGGCUGCUAGCUUGGUUGUAAUAAUGGCUGGCUGUGUCCAGAACUCUUGUAGAAGACAGAACUCGUCCAAAACAACAUCGACACUGCAUUCAUGGUUAUUGUGCAGAAGCAGAACUCUUGGUUUCAGUUGAAUGUUUGGCUGGGUUUCCAUCCGAAUAAGGGCUUUGUUUAAUCUCGAUCCAUACGAAUUAAACGAGAUUGAGUGGGUUUAAAUCUCUAAC